GGGUUAUUGACCUAGAGAAUAAAGAAACGGGAUUUGGUAAAAAUGUCAGCUGGAUUUGUAUUUACUGUAUAUACCGAUAGAGAUGGUAUAAUUUCCCGUGUUUGGAUUAGUGGCUGUGUGUUGUCUUAUAUAGCAGUGAUCUUUAAUAUAACAAUCUUCAUAGUUUUAUGCAGGAAAAACCUAGCAUCUCCAGCAACUGUGCUUAUGCAAGGAUUAGCUAUAGCCGAUGCAUCAACAGCUUUCUGUGCUUAUGGAUUCGAAGUUUUAUACCAGCUAAAAUAUUUGGAUAAUUCAUUCGACGAGUCUAAUACAAAACUGACCAUGGCGUAUCCUUAUUGUGCUCUUUAUGUCCACGUUUCGUUGUGUGUAGAUAUAUUUGUCAUGAUUUCAACAAUGCUAACACUUUCUUUAGGGAUACAAAAAUGUCUUGCUCUUAAGUUCCCGCUAUGGACACGAUCAUAUUUGACAAAGAGACAUUCAAUUAUAUGCUGUGUCGUUUGUUUGUUUGUGUCCUGCGCUAUUCAUAUUCCAAGAAAUUUUACAAUAGUUGAGGAAGCUAGUCGAGCAGACCCUAAUUAUUGUAUUACAACGUACAGGAACGACCGUCUAUUGACAUACUCUUCUUUUCAUUUCAUAUUCAUUAAAACCAUGUUACUAUCGGGGUUUACUUUCGCAAUGCUGUUCUGUACUAUUCAUAUUGUAUACAGAAUAUGUACGUACAAAUUGCGCGACCAACAUAAAUCUCGAAGGGUUCAGGAACGGAAGUCAGCUGUAUUGGUCAUUAUGAUCAUGGUUAUAUUUUUAAUUACUGCAAUACCUGAAAUAUAUCUUUAUAUUCUAUUUUGUACGGAGAUUACACCAGAUGAUAAAUUCUAUUCCUUGUGGAAUGUGGAAAAUCACAAGUUUGCAAUGACAACUAUUGUAUCAAAUAAACUAAAAUUCCUUCAACAGCUGGAAAGACAUACACUAACAAGAUGGGAAAUUGUUCUUUUUGUAAAUGAAGGCCGAAAGAUGUUUUCACUAAUAGGAUGUAUGACAAAUUCAGUAAUUUAUUUCAUAAUGAGUGAAAAACUGCGAAACGAAUUUAAGUUGCUGUGUCACAGACAACGAUCAAAAAGGAAUUUGAACGAGAAAAGACAUGAUCAUUCUGGAAAAUAAAAAUGUCAUAUCUAGAUAUAUAACAAUUCACUGUUCACUGCUCGCUAUUACUUCGUACAUUACUUAGUAAUAAAACUUGGUUCCUAUAUAAUGAUAUGUCAUUAGUAGGUGUAAUAUUAGCUAUGAGUUAAGGACCGGUGAGUUAAGGGUACAAGUAUACAGAUUUAAGAUGAAGAUGGUGGUUGCCUAUGAUGAAUGUUAUA